UUGUUUGGUAUCCUUUCAUCAUUUUCUAUGCUUUCAAAUGACUGACAAACACAAUGUAUAAUUCAGUAAAAGGAUUGUAUUCCAAAUAUAGCUCUAAAUAAGAAUAGUCCUAAUCACAAAAUUUUGGAUCCGCGCACCGAUCGUCGAGAUACGAAAAUCCAAAGAUCGAUAUCAACAUGAUACAAUGGGUUAGUAUUUACUAUCCAAGGAUAUGUUUUUGUAAAUAAUAGUACAUGCAUGAUAGUAAAAUAUUUUCUUUCUUUCUUUUUUUCCUUUUUUUUUUUUUUUUUUACUGUUUCGGAUAGUCAAAAUGAAUUGGAUACGAAACUAAGUACAAGAUCGAUUGCUAGCUCUGAUUAUACUGUAAACACAUUUUCGUCACCUUGGGGAUGUAGACGAUUGGUUGGGUCUUUGAAUCGCCGGUAUUUGUACCUGUACCAUGACUGAUUAUUAAUGAGUGUGUCCUGCCAAUUGUUUGUCAAAGAUAUUAAGGCCUUGUAAAUGUCAAGUCGAAAUUAAUUUAUGAUUUAUCACUUUUUGUCACUGGUGAGUGUUAGCCAAACUUCUCAAACUACUGAACCACUGUGGAACAAGUUCUCCAGACUUGUUUGUGUCGUGUUUUCACACCUCUGGAUAAUCUGAUGUAAACAAUAGAGACAGAUAGCAUGCCAUGUGAGUGGUUAAUCAGAUUGAAUGGCAUGGGCUAUAUAGGUUAUCAGGGUGCCACUGACUUAUGAGAACUCCAUCAUGCUGGAAGUGUGUAAUUACACUCAGGGGAUGACCAGCUUGCCUAAUCUUGUCAACAACAACACCAUGAAGCACCCCAGCGCAAACCUGGAGGUGUUUGAGUUUAACAUUGGCAAAGCUCAGAGUCUGCGGUGUGCCAGCAGUGACAAAGCCAUCAGCUGUGGGGAAUGUGAAACAUGUCUCCUGAGCAACCGCAUGAAAAACGCCAAAGAGUUCUUCCCCAAAAUGGGGGACCACUCCAAAAAACGGUUCAUGCUAGGAUUGAUUCGUCGAUUCCACAGUGUCGAUUUGCUCCAGCAGAUGGUCAGUCUUCUGCAGCCGCUGACCUGUAAGGACUUCACUUAUUCCCGUAGUCGCGCCGCACCAAGUCUCAACACGGACAUGACCACGUUCAGCUCAGACCGGGCCAUGGACCUGAGGGAGGUGGAGGAUUUUAUUACCAGUACCUGGAUGUGGUUCCAGAAAUCCAAAUACUGGACUAAAGCAAACUUUGCCCUGUCUCUUCUGCAGUUGUGUGAGAGUUCUCUAUUACACACAUUGAGCUCCCAAGCUAGGACGCUCCUAAUCUCCGAGGAAAAAGCUGCCUCCAAAGGAUCAGAAGCGGACUACGUGGAGAGUGCGUCUAUCGCCGAGACGGAGUACUCUUACCACAGCGAGGAACACGCAGACCACCAAAUCCACUCUAUUGUAUCUCCACACUACAGCAAGCCCAAACUCCACCCAAUCACCGGCGACAAACUCUUCCUCGAUGAUGUCAUCGAAAAUGACGACAGUGGCAGUGAAAGUGAGUCCGAGCUGUCGUCUGUUGACCCCGCGUGUAUGGUCAUUUCGACGUCAUCCAAGGCGUUUUCGGGCGUUGCGCGCCACAAGGACUUCAUACGCUCUCUGCCGGUGCACCUGUCCAAGUACAUUCUCAAGUUGCUAGACAAGACAUCCCUCAGCCACGCUCUUCUGGUCAGUCAGAAUUGGAGAGCCUUGGUAUUGGAAGUUCAUGACGAGGAGCGGAUCAAUCAACUUCUGGAGGAGGAUGUCAUGUUAAUGCAGGGCGCGGCAGCCCAGGGUGUGAAUCACCAAUACGCCAAAGAUAUUGACGUGCCGGUCCCUAACCUGUUCCCAGGGACCCGGACCGUCAUCACGACGGACGAUGAGAUCAUCAGUCCCACGUACCUCCAGGAAGUCAACCUGAGUAACGCCUACAGUGGCGUGUCCACACGUAAAGUCAUCAUGGAGGAACGUAACGUCUACUGCGGCACGUACAACGUCAUGGUGCUCUCCAUGGUUGAAGAUCACCACCGCGUCAUACACACAGACGGGGGACAAAACAUCUCCAUUGGAUCUAAAGACCGGAAAAUCCGGUUCAUAGACCGAGACAGCGGGAAUGACUUAUCCCUCGUUAUUUCUGGUCAUGCCGGAAGUAUCCGAUGUGUCCACAUUUGUGCGGAGCGUGGAAUCGUCCUCAGCGGAAGUUACGACACCAGUAUUAGGAUGUGGAGUGUGGAAACGGGCACCUGCAAGAAGAUCUUCCGGGGACACCGAGACACUAUCCUUACUAUUCUUGUCCUGGAUGACUAUCUAGCCUCGGGGUCAAAGGACAACUCCUGUAAAAUUUGGAACAUGCAGUCCGGUAAAUGUCAGCGAACGUUUAAACACAAGGCACCUGUGUGGGCGGUAGCCAUCAGCCAAGAGAUGUGCAUCACUGGCUGCGAGCAGGGAAAGGUCAAAGUCUGGGACAUCAAAUCAGGGAAUCUCAUCAAGGUGCUAGCAAGACAUCAUGCUCAAAUAACUUCUAUCAAAUUUGAUCGUUGGCACAUCAUUACCGGAAGUAAGGAUGGUUACGCGCUGGUGUGGAGUUCUCAGGGAGAACAUGCACGUUGCCUGAACGCUCUCAGACACCCCAAGCCGGUGUUGUGUCUGGAGUUCCAGUUUCUACGCGUCAUCACUGGAUCAUCCGACGGACGUCUACGGAUCUGGAACAUGAUAACCGGACAGUGUUGUCGGAUCAUGCGUGGAAACAGCGCCAGUGAUCCCAUCCAGUCAAUCAUAGCAAUAGAUGAUAGAAUAACGUUGAACACCAGUAAGAACCUGAUCGAGUUGAGGUUUGAGAAUGUGGAGUGGGAUUACACGCUGGAGAACGACAAAAUCCCGUCCGCCGUCAAGUACAGUUCCUAUUCCGACGCUCCAAUACGUCCUCAGCCGUACCCUUACAUCCGGGCUCAAAGAAUGAAGCGCGCAGGCGCCAGUAACACAAAAAUUGUCAACCACGAUCCUAAGAAGCGCGACUCCCGACCGCCGAACAUCCUCCAGAUGAACCUGUACGCCAAACAAAUCCCACACAGCGCGAAAUGCCUCAGUCACAAAAGUUUAGAGAGUGCCCGGCUCAUCCAAAGUGCCGCGCCAGAGUCUGGGUAUGAGAGUGGACCGUCCCCCACCGCUAUGGAACACCGAGCCAGCUCGGACAAGCACACGGUGUCGUCCACCAAGUCUCUCAACAAACCUCCUAAACCCCCGCGUCCCAGCACGUUCAAGUCCGCCACAUCUCAGCCAAGUGUCGUCAUUGCCGACCCGUUACCUAAACACUACGAUGACGAUGAUGACGAGGAACCGCAUGCGCCGAUGUCUGUGAAGAGAAGAGUCUCAUGGGCUUUCGAUCAAUCCAUUAUUCCCAAAACGAAAGACAUUUCUCUUUCAGAAACGAAAGCUUUGUUAAGGUCGCAGAUGAGAAUGAAAGCUGAGAGCGUAGUACCUCCCGAUUUUAUAUAUUUAACUGUGAAUGCAAUCCAGAACACAAUGCAAAGCUCAGAAACAACAAGCAACACUAAAAAGAAUAUCCGUGCCAUGGUGUCUGGGUUAGAUGGUUUCAAGCGUCCGUCUUCGUCACCCAGUAAGAUUGACCCCAGAACAAAAGUCCCAGUGGAGGAGCUUGGGAUUGACAAAUUUAGGCACAAACCAGAGGAAGUGGAAACGCUGUCCGAGUUCUCCGAUACGAAGUCCUUCAAGUCACUGAAGUCGUCGAAAGCAAAAGAAUCGGACCAGGUACCAGGCCCCGAUCGCGAGCGGUACGCCACGCCGUGUGAGGUCAGGCCCACCAAGACGAAAAUCAGGAUGAGUCUUCACCCUAGGAAGGUGAAGACCACGGUCCCCAUCGGCCGAUCAAUUCGCCCUCUGUCAGCCGCCGCUCACAGACAGGAAUCGGCGGAAGUAGACUUAACCGGACGUCCAGUGACGGCGCCAACCAUUAGGAGACCGGAUACUGCCAUCAGUGACGUUCCGUCCACCAUCGCUUCUGCACUUCCGGGAGUUAUCCCCCAGCAAAAGAAACAGCCUGUGGGAGUAUCGUCCACAAUGCACGAGGUGAAUUUGGUGCCAAUGAAAAUGUACCCCAAGGACAUGAAGGAGAAACUUAGUGCCUUAAUUCAGGAGAAGCGUCGCGCCAAAUCAGAGACGGUGCUACGGUCCGCUAAUGACACGGUCAUUGGCAAAGUUAGUCAGUAUAACGAUCCAAUGAGAAGCCACGUCAAGUUCGAACUACGGACUUAUGAACAGGAGAAAGAAUUCAUCAACAACAUCGAACAGAAAUACGUAGAAAAACAACAGAGGGACGAGGAGCUGAUGGAGAAAAAGAAGCGAGCUGCGUGGUUAGCAAAGGCCAGUUCUAGACCGAGCACCGUGAGCGCCACCCAGCGACCUAGCGCGGUGCCGGGGUCUGGCAGACCAAACACCGUCCACGGCAGCAAGCCCAACAGAUGACUUCACAGUCCAUUGUGACGUCAUCAUUAGAGGUUGUGAAACGGCCAUUGAAAUGCCGACAGGCGUAUAUUGCCACUUCUUCACCUGUUUGACAAUGCGGUGACUGAAAUCAGGGUUCUUAAACAUUCAUGGAUUAUGGUUGUGAAUCUGUGUGUAAUUACGAUUUCCAGUUUGACUGUGAUAAGUAGUACAUAUUCUUCAUUGAUUUUGUGUUUUUAUACAACUGUGCCUUGACGGACAUUUUGGUGAAAUCGAAGAUUUCCAGCUACUUUGUAUUGCAAGAAUAUGUGCUUUAAUUUAUUGCAACGAUUUUUGGUUCGCUCAACUCCGUAUAUGGGACAGUUUUUAUGUAUGAUGGUGUAAUUUGUAUGGUAGGGAUGUUUGGACACGUGACCGUAUUGACUUGUUUAACUUAUAUAUAGCGUGUGAUUUGUGUCUGGAAUGCUUGCAUAAUGUGUUAGAAUACAACUGCAUACGCACGUGUUAUUACUGAAUGUGCCCUUCUAUUUGUCCACGAAUACAGAUCUGCAGUUUAUGGCGAGCAGAUGCUCAAAUUGACCAGUACCUGCUGAAAACACUGGUUACUUGUACUAGGUCGUCAGUAGCCACGCCCCCUGUAGUCAUACACCUUGCACAGGGACAGCCCAUCUAGUGCCUUCCGCCGUUAGAUCUCUUGUUUUUGUCCCACAAUAUAGUGCUCAACUGUGAUACAGUUCAAUAGUAUUAUUUAUAUUCUGUUUUAUACUAAUAAAUGGUUCUAUACAGAC